CCAAAAGUAGUCACAAUGUUUCCAUGUGUUAUUUUGGUUCCGUUAAUCUUCUGUAACAGUUCUGCAGCACUGGUGUCAGGCGGUCUUUUAAAUGUUUUUACCUCUGUGUCCAACAUGUCCGUGGACUGGGCAGGAUUUGGAUAUGCCACUCUAAUCGCUUCCGGAGGGGUCAUUGGUUAUGUGAAAGCAGGCAGCGUUCCCUCUCUGGCUGCUGGUCUUCUUUUCGGUGGCCUUGCUGGAUUUGGCGCCUACCAGGUUUCCAAUGACCCUAACAACAUUUGGGUGUCACUAGGAACAUCCGGAGCCCUCGCUGCACUCAUGGGAAAGAGGUUCUACGCAUCGAGGAAGCUGAUGCCCGCUGGUUUGAUGGCAGGAGCAAGUCUGUUGAUGUUUGGGAAACUUAGUUUGACGUUGCUGCAGAAACCUGCAGAGUCUCCAUGAGGUGAAAAGGCUGAAAAUCGAAAACGUUUCAUCACGUUUAAGAAGGAGUUUCUGUUUUCGAGCUGCUUGUCAACAUUUAUCAUGCACUGUUGUUUUGUUAAAAAAAAGCUGAGUGUUAGAUGAUGAGAUACAUUGUAUCAGGAUGGCUGUCUUGUCAUUUAUAAAUAAACAUACUUUGAACUUUUAUGUAUUUAUUAGUACAAAAUUAUUACAAAAUGUUUCAUUUGUAAUGUAUAAUACAAAGACUCCUCCUUUAUUUAUACAUUUAGAACUGAUAUUCUGUCACCUAAAGUAGAAAGAAUAAAGCAGUGAGUCCACA